AUGCCUAAUGGUUUCCCUUACUCACCAGCUCUCGACGAUUCACGAACUGAAUCCGACGUGGUCGCCAAGAGUGAGCGUGGUCCAUUCCAACCCAUCGAGUCCCAUCCCAUCUCCGAGUCCUCUCCCGAGCCCGAUGCCGCGGACGAUUCAUAUGGUGUCGAGUCUCCAGCUUCUGACGGAGAAGACGAUGAUGGCGCGAUAGAUAACAGUGACGACGAGUUCGAUGCAUCCAGCCGUGAAAACUCUUCAUCGCCGCAGUCCGACCGCGGUAUCAAGCGCAAAUCAUCGCCGCCGGACGAAACUCAGUACAUGAGACAAAAUCCAGACUUGUAUGGACUUCGCCGUAGUGGUCGCGCGCGCACAACGCGCACCCUCGCCGACUCUUCUGACUCCGACUCCGAUGCCGUUGCGCCUCGCGCGAAGCGUCCGCGCAAGGAACUUUCCCACCAGCCCUCGAAGACCUCACGGUCGGCUACGGCCUCAUCAUUCUCAGAGUCAGACAGUGAUGAGUAUGGCGGACAAGCAAGCAAGGCGAGACGUCGCCGCGCAUUGAAAAAAAGCGCUGGAAUGGAACCCUCGCUUUCUGAAGUCCGCUUCUCUACCAGAAAUGCUGCCAAGGUGUCGAACUACAAUGAAGAUGAUGAUGAUGAGGACGACAUCUUCGAAGACGGCGCAGAUCAAGUCGCAGACAAUUACUGGCCCGUCGACUAUGUCGAUACUCGUCCUGCUGUGGAUGUAGUCCUCAACCAUCGCUUGAACAAAGACAAGGACCCUAGCCGUGAUCUCUCCGUAGAUCGCGAAGACUACGAUUUCUACAUCAAGUGGCAAGAUAAGUCACAUUAUCAUGCCACUUGGGUGCCAAAUGACGAGCUUGUCAACUAUCGGAGCACGCGACGCGUCGAUAACUAUGUUCGGAAGGUACUCGACGAAGAAUUACGGCUUCUGCAGGAAACUUCCACCCCACCUGAAGACCGGGAGAAGUGGAACCUUGAUCGCGAGAGAGACGUGGAAGCGAUUGAGGACUUCAAGAAAGUUGAGCGAGUCAUUGGAAAUAGGGUCGGCCCAGACGGUACAGAGUACCUCGUCAAAUGGAAGCGCCUCUUGUACGACUCAUGUACUUGGGAAGCGGAAGAAAUGGUCAGUGAGAUCGCCCAGCGCGAGAUCGACCGCUUCUUAGAUCGGUCUGCUCGAGUUCCUGUCUCUGACAGAAACGAGUCAAAUCCCGCCACUCGCAAGCCAUUCGAGCCUAUUCACGGAACCCCCAGCUUCUUGCAAAAUGGGGAACUCAAGGAUUUCCAGAUCAAGGGUCUAAAUUUCCUUGCUUUCAACUGGGUCAAGGAUCGCAAUGUCGUGCUGGCUGACGAGAUGGGUCUUGGAAAAACUGUGCAGACCGUCUCCUUCAUCAACUGGCUGCGUCAUGUCCGACGACAACAAGGACCUUUUGUCGUCAUUGUGCCCCUCUCAACCAUGCCCGCAUGGGCCGAAACAUUCGACAACUGGACACCAGACUUGAACUACGUCGUCUACAACGGCAGUGAGAAAGCACGCAGUGUUCUCCGUGAAUAUGAACUGAUGGUUGAUGGCAAUCCUAAGCGACCGAGGUUCAACGUACUGUUGACGACAUACGAGUAUGCGAUGAAUGAUUCUGCCUUCCUUGGACAAUUCAAAUGGCAAUUUAUGGCUAUCGAUGAGGCGCACCGUCUCAAGAACCGUGACUCUCAGCUUUACGUCAAGCUGUCUGAAUGGAGAUGCCAAGCCAAACUUCUCAUCACUGGUACACCCAUUCAGAACAACCUUGCAGAAUUGGCAUCCUUGAUGGACUUCCUCAACCCUGGCAAGAUCGAGGUAGACGUGGAUAUGGAUCUCAAUUCUGAGGCCGCCUCACAGAAACUGGCCGAGUUGACUGAUGCUAUUCAACCCUUCAUGUUACGACGCACAAAAUCCAAGGUUGAGUCCGAUCUGCCUCCCAAAACCGAGAAGAUUAUUCGAGUUGAGCUCUCCGAUGUUCAGUUGGAGUAUUACAAGAACAUUUUGACCAAGAACUAUGCGGCAUUGAAUGAUGGCGCUAGGGGAGUGAAGCAGUCCCUUCUGAACAUCAUGAUGGAGUUAAAGAAGGCUUCCAACCAUCCUUUCAUGUUCCCCAACGCGGAAGCCAAAAUUCUUGAAGGGAGCCACCGACGAGAGGAUAUUCUCCGUGCCAUGAUUACUAGCAGUGGAAAGAUGAUGUUGCUUGACCAGCUGCUUCGCAAGAUGAAAGAAGAUGGCCAUCGAGUAUUGAUUUUCUGCCAAAUGGUCGGCAUGCUCAAUAUCCUCAGCGAGUACAUGGAGUAUCGUGGCUACAAGUACCAGCGACUCGAUGGUACCAUCCCAUCAGCUGCUCGUCGCCUGGCGAUUGAGCACUACAACGCCCCUGACAGUACAGACUUUACAUUCCUUUUAUCGACCCGCGCCGGUGGUCUCGGUAUCAACUUGAUGACUGCUGACACGGUCGUCCUGUUCGACUCGGACUGGAAUCCGCAAGCUGAUUUGCAAGCCAUGGCUCGAGCACACAGAAUUGGUCAAACAAGGCCUGUCAGUGUCUAUCGCCUGGUGUCGAAAGACACCAUUGAGGAGGAGGUCAUCGAGCGAGCACGCAACAAGCUUCUGCUCGAAUUCAUCACCAUCCAACGUGGUGUCACCGACAAAGAGGCUUCUGACAUGCAGAACAAGAUGGCUCGUGUCAUUGGCGAACCCAACUCGACUGAAGACAUCUCCCGGAUUCUCAAGCGCCGUGGUCAGAAGAUGUUUGAGCAAACUGACAACCAGAAGAAGCUUGAGCAGCUCGAUAUUGAUUCGGUUCUUGCCAACGCUGAGCUACACCAGACGGAAGAGUCAGAGCAGAUCCAAGCCGAUGGUGGUGAAGAAUUCUUGAAGGCCUUCGACUUCGUGGACAUUAAGGUCGAUGAUCUGAGUUGGGAUGACAUUAUUCCUCAGGAGCAGCUCGACGAGAUCAAAGCAGCUGAGAAGCGCAAGGCCGAUGAACAAUACCUCAACGACGUGAUAGAGCAAAACCGACCUCGUAAACGCGGAGCGCCCGCCGAAGAGUCCAAAGACUCACGUGAAGAACGCAAGGCCAAACGGCAGGCUAGAGCGCAAGUCGUCGUCGAUGAUGUUGAGGAUGAUAGUUCAUUGGACCCCAAGCGCCCUCUUGGUGAGAAGGAGUAUCGUGCUCUUUCUCGAGCCUUCUUGCGCUAUGGUGACAUGGCCGAUUGCGAAGAGCUCAUUAUCGAGGACUCUCGAUUGCAAAACCGUGACCGAGAGACCGUGAAAGCCGCUCUCCGUGAAAUGACGGACAAGGCAGCUGCCUUGGUAAACGAGAAUCUGGCUCAGAUCGAUGCUCUCAAGCAAUCAGGCAAGAACAUCACGAAAAAGGAGCAAAAGGCUGUAUUGUUCGACCAUCAUGGCGUGAAACGUCUAAAUGCCUGGACCAUCGUUGAUCGACCGCCGGACAUGCGCCUUGUUCGGAAGAUCACCGGUUCCUUGGCUGAUUUCCGGACUUUCCGUCUUCCAGAAGCUACCAAGCUGGCCGACUAUAGCUGCCAAUGGGGUGCACGGGAGGAUGGGAUGCUCCUUGUUGGUAUUGGACGCCACGGAUUCGGAGCUUGGGCCCAAAUUCGCGAUGACACUGAAUUGGGUCUCAGCGAGAAGUUCUUCUUGGAAGAGCACCGAGUGGAGCGAAAAACGCAGCGUGCACAAGGAGAAGAGAAGUCAACGAAGUCCCCCGGCGCUGUUCAUCUUGUCCGUCGCGCUGAAUACUUGCUUUCCGUCUUAAGAAACAAGUACAGCAACGGGAACAACGCUACCGCACGGCGUGCAGUGGAUAAUCACCACCGGAACAACAAGCGCAACUCGCGCGUUGGCAGCGGUAGUGUCUCUGCUUCCCCAGUUCCCUCUUCUCGCAAGCGCGAGCGUGAGGUUGAUCGCUCGCGACAGCGUUCUCACACCCAUGGCGGCCGGGAUGACCGUCACCACACCCCCAAUCAUGAUCGUCCGAAGUCUGGGCAUGAUCUUGAUCGUCCCCGCCAUCGUCUCUCCGACGCCGCCAAUGAAGAGCUUCGUCGGCGCAAAGGUCAUGAAAAUGGUGGUUCUAGCAAAGAAGACAUGGCUUUCAUGUUCUUCAAACCUAUUGUGCCAAAGCUUAAAGAGGUUUCGACAAUCACGGCCAAAAACAUCCCUAACAAGACCGAGCGAGCUUUGAAGCUCCGCAAUACCAUUGAGAACAUUGGUGAAUUCAUCAACAGAAACCUUGGGGGAGGGGCAUCAAUGGCGUCCCUUGAGACCCGUCUAUGGGAUUAUGUCUCUGUCAAUUACUGGCCCAACAAGGAGGCCAGCGGGUCCAAACUCCAGCAAAUGUUCAAGAAGGUUCAGGAACUUAGCAAGAAGAAACCUUCCAACGGAGCCUGA